AUGUCGACUGAUUGCACCAGCACAAAUACCUCCGGAACUCCUGACUCAGAAGGUGCACAGGCUUACAUGCAGGACCUCGACUCUAUAGAUCAAAUUGUACGAACAUGGUUACAACAUCCCAUGUCGAUAUCUCUAUACUCAUGUCUGACAGCUGUUCUGAGCGAAGUUGCAAUUGAGAUCAAAGAAAUCAAGCGUAGAUUGGUCGACCAGCAGGGUCCUAGUGCUCUGGCUUCAAAGAAAACUUUUACGGCCAGUAAAAACAAGACUUUGCGACGGUCUCUCCGCUUUCCCAACAAUGGUCUCGCAUCUAGUUCGAAUACUCGCACUCUCUCUCGGUCGCGCGUAUCAACUCUCAAGGCUUCAUGCAUAGCUAAGAGGAAAAAGUCGCAGAAUCAAUCAAGAGGAACAAAGAACUUGAAGUCUAGCAAAUUUUCCGACAGACCGGAACCUACUACUCCUCCAGCGGUCAAAAACAACAUACAACACACUUUCGCGGAUCCCGACGUAGAAGAUAGUGCCUUGCCUGUACUUUUGGAUGCGGACUCAGUUGAUGGCGCGGCUUUGACUGCUUUUGAAAAUUCAUUGAGCCAAGAUCUUUGCUUUGAUCUUCCUUCUGAUGGAGUGUGUGAUGAUCCUCCUAGCAUUGCAAUCAUUCCGGCAGAAGUCAAGAAGAUACACAGCGCCGCACUUGCUUUAUUACAGGCUCUUGUCCGCGGCUCACCAGUAAGUUUUGAUCCAGAAGAGGUGUUGCCUCAGGCUGUGACGUUCGACAGCCGACAAGAUCAUGGGAUUAGGAUGUGGUGUCAGAGAACUGAUAAUCGAAGACUAUUUUAUGCAAGUGAGCAGACAUCUUGGUACAAGCCAGAUAUCUUCGACUUCGACAUAAUUGACCAAAAUGAGUCGCCUAAAGAUAUACCAAUCCACGAACGCUAUCUCUGGGAUACAUUCAGAAUGUUUCAUAACCCUACCCCAACAUUUGUUGAACGGGGAAUGCAUUACGUGAUGGCUGCUGUGGUAUUGGUUGGAAUGGACUGCAAUAAUCGACUUAUCUUGGAACAGAGUCCAAGUACAAUCUCGAAUCCUCCCCUUGCACAAACCUCACUCAACGCAAUCUCCUGCUGGCAUCAUUACAAAAGAUUAGCUUACAUACGAGAGAAGACUAUACAAGACAACCAAUCAAAUUUGUCUAGUGGUUGCAUCAAAGACUUGGACCGACUCAUUGCGUCGAUAUACUCUCUUGUAGUGGCGUUUGCGAGUAUAUGGGCUUCUGUCACCUUGGACGCCGACAUCGAGGCCUGCAACAAUCUCAUAAGUACAGCCAUUUCUCAGGACAUGGUCAGCAGAUUGACAGUUCAAAAAGGAGAACUCUUGAAGGCGCGAAACGAAGUCGAUAUUGAGCAUUCUAAUCUUCAACCACUUGUCAGUUUUCUCUGCUCAGGUGUAACGGGCCUGAUGAUAUACCCGAAGGACAAAAACGUUUUUUCUACUCUCCGGGCAGUGAAUUUUUUGCUUGUAACUAGUGAACUCAUGAAGCUCAAUCAUUCAUUUUCUGACCCAGUUUGGAGAAGAACACAGUCAUACAUAGUUCAGUUUCUGAAGGAUCUUGUUCUAUCUGCGGGACAAUGGGAGCCGCGUGAAUUAAAUCGCUAUCACUUGGCCAAAGCUCUCUUCCUCGACUUUGCUGGAUUCUGGCUUGCACAAAACAUAAGCAAGAUUCCAAUACCAAAGUCACGAAACUACAAGAUCACUGAUAAAGAGUAUCUCUAG